GUAAGUACGUAUACACGCCGACACAAUUCGGACCCAGUUAAAACCACCCUCACAAGGGUGAAAAAACCAGAUAGAAAAGGGUUAAAAAAGAGGAAGAGGAAAAAUUUUGGACUCCAACCUUGGCUUGGCGCGCUUUUUAGACUUUUUAGAAGGGUAUUCGUGCUGAACAAUCCCCCCUAAGGGGGCGACCUACCCCUCUCUAUUCCAGCCUACCCCCUCCCUUGGGAAAAGGACCUUAAGACUCUCAAGAGGGACGAAGUAGUAGAGGAAGAACUGAUCUGGAAAUCUCCCGAAUUGAACUUGAUCAGCGUUCCGUGAGGGAAAAGGAAAAGGGGCUGCAGGACGGAAAAGAGAGGGAAAAAGAGAAAAGGAGUGGGAGAAGGAGGGGAAAGAGGGGGAAGGUCUCAGAGCGAGAGAGAAACCGCCGCGUGGACAGCUGUAUAGCCGGUUCUCGUUCUCGUCCACUCGUAGCUACUUUUUCGUGACAGAUGAGAUCGCACGGGAGUUGAAUCCGAGCGCCUGGCGGCGUUCGAUGCCGAUUGUGAAAAAUACGAAAAGAGGAGUGCAAUUUUGAUAAAAACCUAGUGAUAAUCCCGAAAGAAUUUUUCAAAUCCGCGAAUAAGAUAAGAAGUUGCGAAAAUUAAGAGACUGAAAAAAGCGCGCGAAAAAACAAAAUUUCGUUAGUGGAGCGAAAUUGUUUCUAUUUUUUGUGAAGUGAUAAUAACAAACAGCAGCAAUCAUGUAUAAAUUGUUCGGAGAUUUGCAGUCGUACUUCAAGUAUCAUGAAAUUACGACGGACUCUAUGGUGUUUCGGCUGCAUAAUCAGUUUACGGCCGCUUUACUCUUCACGUGUUCCAUGAUCAUUUCAGCGAACCAGUAUGUUGGGAAUCCAAUUUCUUGCAUUGUGCAGGGACUUCCGACGCAUCCGAUUAACACCUACUGCUGGAUUACGUCCACAUUCACGAUGCCGGAUGCCUUUAAUCGGCGGGAAGGAAUCGACGUCGCACAUCCAGGAGUAGCCAACGACUAUGGAAAUGAGAACGCCAAGAAAUAUUACACAUACUAUCAGUGGGUCUGCUUCGCCCUAUUCUUCCAGGCAGUGCUGUGUUAUCUGCCGCACUAUCUUUGGAAAAUAUGGGAAGGUGGCUUAAUAAAUAUGUUGGUUAUGGGCAUGAACCAUGGCCUCGAACAAGAAGACACAAUAACGAAGAAAAAAGGCAUUUUGAUGAACUACUUGAUCACUCAUAUAAAGAGGCACAACUCAUACGCCUAUCGCUACUUCGUCUGCGAGGUCCUCUGUCUGGUGAACAUCAUCACCCAACUCUACCUGAUGGACCUCUUCUUCGACGGCGAGUUCCUCAAAUACGGCUGGAGUGUCCUGAACAUAUCAGAUGCGCCCCAGGAAAAGAGAAUCGACCCCAUGGUCUACGUCUUUCCCCGAGUCACCAAGUGCAUCUUCCACAAAUACGGAGCCUCGGGAACAAUCCAGAAACACGACUCGCUCUGCAUCCUGCCGCUCAACAUUGUCAACGAGAAGACCUACAUCUUCAUCUGGUUCUGGUUUAUGCUCCUGACAGUUUUGCUGGUCGGAUUGCUGACCUACCGAGCGGCGAUCAUUUUCGCUCCCGUCAUCAGACCGCGACUGCUCCAGCUGUCAUCCAGGCUGCUCCCAAUCGAAACGUGUCAGAGCAUCAACAAGAAAAUUGACCUGGGCGAUUGGUGGAUCCUCUAUACCUUGUCUGCCAACAUGGACUCGCUGGUUUACCGAGACCUGCUGCAGGAGCUCGCGAAAAAAAUGGGAGAUUCCAUCUCCCAACCAGUGAGUCCUUAGGACAACUCUGCUUCUUCAUCAUCUUUGGGAAGAAAAGUGGAGAAGCAGUAGGAAGAUUUUUUUUUAGCAAAUAUACAGCUUCUCGAUCGUCCUCGAUCCAUUUUGAACGGAAGCGAUGCACUAUUGUUUAAAGAGAGAAAUUUAUAUGAAGAUUGAUGGCUCCAUGUUGAAAAAAAGGGUUUCCGAGUGCAGGUUUAAAAGUCUAACAGUGUGGUGUUGGUUCUGUGAAAGAAGCAUUUUGAGUUUUGAGUUGUGCUCUCGUUUUUAUUAUAAUAUAUAGGCAGCAAAGCGCGGAGAUGUUUUUUUAUUGAUACUCUCUGGGUUAUAUUUAAAAUUAUUCUGAAUACACCUGCAUUCCUUUUUU